CCUACGGCCGAUUUUCUGGAGUACAUUUUUUUUUCAAUAUUUUAACUGAUUAAGAAAAAACUAUUUUUGUUAUAGAGAGAGAUACUGAUUAAGAUGGUGAUGGAUAUAUGUCUGCACAGAAAAUCAGAAGAUAAAUGUAGUAGAAAUAAGAAGAAGAGAAAAGUAACAAGAAGUAGUGAUCAAGAGAAUGAUGCAGAACCACCUCAAUUCUCAAACCAAUAUGAUAUUGAAGAAGAGCAAGGAAGCGAGAAGAAGAAGAUUAAACUAGGAGGAGAAGGACCUUACAGAAACCAAGACUUUAUUUCAUCAAUUGAGGGUUUUGAGCUAGAUAAUCAAAGGAAACUUCAAAUUGCAUUGGAAUACAUUAAUUCGUCUAAGUUUAGUGGAGGAGGAGAUUGUCUUCAAACGGUUAGUGAUUCUCGUUUAGUUUUGUCCCUCAAUAAAUGGGUUCAGUCUCUGUUUAAUGAUGAGCCAACACAAUGGGAGAAUUUCAGUGUCUGGGUGAUUUUUAAAUUUUGUCUAGAGAAGUCAUUGAAUUUGGGAGUUGGGUUAACUUUGAACUCGAAAAUUUUGCAUAGAAUAUCUUGCAUUGGGAAAAAUUUAGAUCUUCUCAGUGAUGGAAGGUGUGAAUUUUACAGUCUUGUUUUGGAUUGUCUUAUGUUGUUAUUCAAUUCUUCGCAUGGAAGGGUAUUUAGUGCUAAUAUGGAUACAUGGUCCUUGACGGUUGGGUCAAUGCUGGGUGUUCUUCACAAGGUUUACAUGGGUAAUGUAUCUAAUGACAAUGUGGGCAUUCUGUUGAUUCGCUUGUCAUGCUUGAUAUUCAGUCGCUUUUCCAGUUUUUUGAUGGCUCAUCCAAAGAAAGUUUUUCGUAAAUUUGUAGAUGACCUUCUUGAACCAUUGUUGAGUUUCUUAGUGAUGGUGGAUAAACAAAUUGAUGGUAGUUGUAAUUCCACAUUGACAAAAGAGUUGUUGAAGACAGUGGAAGACAUUUUAUCUUAUGGAUUGUUCCAUCCUGACCAUGUCAAGGAGUUUCUAAGUUUACAUACAGGGAGGGGUAUUGGGUUUGGUGAUGGUAAAGGAAAUAAAUCGAAAAUGAGUAAUAUAAGUUAUUGCAUAGGACUUUUUGAGAAAUUGGAGAAUAUUGUAUCUGAGAAGAGAAUUUCUUCAUUGGGGGGCGUGGGAGAGCUGUUUCGCUUGUAUGUUGUCAGAGUAAAGAAGGAAAAGGGAGUUCCUGUGCUGUCUGAGGGAGUUUCUGUGUUGUCCGAGUCCAACUUAACUAUCGGUAAUGGCCGGGCAGUCACUGAAAGUACUCAUUCUUCUGUUAGGCUUGACAUGGAAACUGGAAAAUCAGUGUUUGAUAUCUUUUUCUGGUUUAUAAAUCCUUUAAAGCGGGAGAUUGAAACAUAUAAUGAAACCAACAUGGAAGAUGGAAUAGUAUUGUUGGAUGCUGCUCGUUGCACUCUUGAAGCUACCAAUAAGAUAAUUGCCAGUUUUAUGCAUGAAAAAGUAUAUCUCCGGACGGAAGAUACUUCUGAUGGAGAGCGUCUUAAUUUCUUGAAGGAGUUGUAUCUGACACUUGUUUCACUUUCAGAAAGGAUACAUAUUUGGUUACCUGGUUUGAAUAAUGGGUCCCCUGUAAAUGGUGUAUCUUUAGUAGCAAAAGAGAUUAUAGUUUCUCUUGGAUAUUUGCUGGAAAUCGAAUAUGAGGUUGCUGGCGAAGAUUUGGAAAGAUUGUGGAAAAUCAUUUUGUCAUUUUUAGUAAUUGAUUUACCUAUAACAGGAUCACCAGAAAUAUGCUCCCUGGCUUCAUACGUUUUGCGCUUUGCAUGCCAGUUAAUGAAUAUAAACAGUGAGCUUCGCCAGGUUUGUGACUCCAUAUUUGCACUGUGUAAAGCUGUAAGGUCAUUCUCUAUUGCCAACUGUGAAGAAUGUGUAAAAUCCGCAACAAUGUUAUUAUGCUUUCAAGAGUUUAGGCUUGCCAUUUGUAAAGCUAUCAAAAAUGUACCUGAAGGGAAGGCAACUGAUUGCAUCAAACAAUUAAGAAAGGAUAUCUCUGAAUCUUUAGAGUGGAUGAUGACCAGCAGUUCAAAGGAUAAGAGAUGUCGCGAACAAAACCUAGAUUUGCAAGCUGAGCUUCUGGGAAGGGCACUAGCUGAAGUGUAUGCGAUGCUAUUAGAUAAUUUAGCUGUCACAACAGGGAACAGUAAAUCUGUUGGGAAAUCUAUACAUGACCUGAUGAUAGUCCUAAGUCCAUCCCUAAGUAUUCUAGUAAGGAAAGAACAUUCAAAUGUUGGUGAUUUCCUUUCCUCUGUCACGGGGCAAAGAUAUUUUGACAAGGAAAAAUCAACCAGAUCCAGUGCCUCAUGGGUUUCAUUGUUCUUCUUUCACAUAUAUGCUUCCUGCAGAAGCUUAAAGAGGCAAUUGAUAAGCCUCAUGCCCCCUGAUUCAGCUAAGCAGGCGUCGGAGGCAAUGAGAGAUUUGUUGACAGCAUAUGCUGAAGAAGCUGAAGAAAAUUGCAUGGAAUGUACUGAUUUAAGAGAUCAACGUUAUUUUUCUUGGGUAAUUAGUCCUUCAGACUCUCUCUUGAUCAUUAUACAAUCUAUAGCAGAUUUUUGUGGUCAGGACACUGUUGAAAGUUGUGCCCCGUUGGUUUAUACGGUGCAUACUAUGGCUUACCAGAGGCUUAUUGAUCUUAGACGACAGAUAAAAGCUUACAAAUUCCUACAAAAGGAGCAGAAUGAUAUGACAUUGAUGGAUGAUGCUAACUCACAUCAUCUUUGUGAGGAAAUCAAAAUUUUAAGCAAAGAAGCUAAAGAUCUUACUGUUUAUCUCAUGAAAAAGAUAGAGCCGACGUCAGCUGAUGCUCGUAUCGAUUCUGAAGGCAGAGAGCAGCAAACUUCAACUGAAGACAGUGCAUGGGAUUUACAUAUUCCCUCUCUGAAUGAUGGUUCAUUGCCUACUGCUCUUUGGUAUCUUCUUUGCCAAAAUACUGAUAUUUGGGGCCCUCAUGCUGCGCAGAAGAAGUUGAAGAAGUUCUUGUUUCUGUUGCUCCAUAUCCCCCUGACCAGGGCUCGGAUCAAUGGCAAGGAUGUUAUAAAGGAUAAAAUGGACAAAUCUCACAACAUGGAGAAAAUUACUUCUCAUGGAAUAUCAAUGGAGCUGCUACAUGAUACUUUAUUCUAUGAACAAACAUUUCUCUGCAGGCAUUUGCCACCAAGUUUUUCUGAGGUUCUGCGCCAAUACCUAGUAUCAUUAUCUGGUGAUCCUUUGUCUGGAGAUAUUGACUUUAACAAGUGGUUAAUAGAUUUAAGUAAACUUGCUGUUCAUCCCGACCCCCCUUUCACGCAGUGCACCAAGGAUCUCAUAGCUUGCCGAAGCUUGCUUAAUCUCUUAUGCUGGAUGCCUAAAGUUUAUCUGAACUCAGAAUCAUUCUCAGAUUGUGCCACAAAUGUACUCAAUCUUGAAAGGGUUUUGGUUUUUACGAUCUUAAAGAAUUAUGGUAAAUUGGAGGUGGAUAUUCAAUAUGAGCUUUUCAGAUUGUUUGUAAGUUGUAGAAAGGCAUUGAAGUGCCUGUUAAUGUCAUUUCAUGACGACAGGGGGGAAGCUGUUCAUUGUCCCAUCGUUCAAAUAUUUAUUAAUAAUUCAAACUCUGUUUUAUGGCUUUGGAAAUCUGUCACUGCAUUGAUUCGACUUCCGCCAGCAUUUUCUGAAGAGCAUGCAAGUGAACUGAAGAAUACGAGUCCUUCUUUGAUGGAUGAUACGUCUUCUAUACUUUUGACAUUAACCAAGGUACAUUUUUCUUUUUCUUUCCCAUACGAUCGAAACAAUGGAGAAAAAAGCAACAUUCCUCCAGCAAUAAACAAUGCAGAUUUUAUUCAAGAAUUACCCAUUUCAGAUGGGCUUAGCAAAAGAAGAAGUUUGAGUGAACCUGAUCCAAGUUUAGGAGCCUGGAUGGAACAUCUGACAGAGAGUUUCAAAAAACCUGCCCAGUUCAAAAACAAGCCCAGUUAUUGCUUUCUAAUAAAGCUGGUCUGAACUGUGAGGAUUAUAACGAAAUGUCUUCUGAUGUUACGUUCUUUCAUGGUUUCUUGUGGGGCAUCACAUCCAUUUUGCAAGAUAAGAAGGGCUCUGAGGAACACAAAUUACUAGUUAGUUGGCUUUCUUCUCGGGCCAUGGAGUCUACAGACUCCAAACUCAAGAGAUUUAUAACCUUUACUGAAGACUGCAUUAAUUCUUGCAUACGUGCAUUGCUUGUAGUGGACUCUCAACAGCCUACUUGUUCGGAGAAGGAUCUUGUUGAAGAUUCUAAAGUUAGAAAAAAAGUUGCCUAGGUCGGAUUUUACCAUCGACAUUCUGAAUGGAAGACAACAGUUAAAUAAACCUUUAUUAAGAAGCUUAUUAAAAGGUGACAAUCCCGAGCUAGCUCAUUGUGUCAGACAGCUUCUUAUUGGAUCUUCAGCUAUUCUGAGUCUUAAAAUGCAGAUUUCCCAGCGUGCUUGUUUUUCAAGCUUGAUGCCAAUUUUAGUCGGAACUUUACAGUACUUGCUGACAGAGUUUGCAAAUAUGAUUCAGGAACCACAUUCAAUAUCUUAUAUUUGGUUGGAUGGUGUUGUCAAAUAUCUGGAAAUUUUAGGGAGUUAAGUUUCUUCAAAGAAGAACUCUUUAAAGAAAUUUCAUGCUAGGCUGAUUGACAUGCAUCUGGAGGCUAUGGGUAUAUGCAUAUCAUUAUGUGGCAGAGAAGCUACACUAGCGUCCCAUGAGAUAAAAUCUAGUACCAAAACACUAAUGGGUCAAACAGGAUAACUCGAGUUAUCUGGUGGACACAGGUGGAAUUCUUUGAGAACAUUCGGAGCUAGGCUUAGGCUGUCACUCAAAAUUUUAGUCAAGAAAUAUUCAGGGUUGACAGCAAUUAAGGCUGUAGAAAAAGCACUUGGAGUUCGUGAGCAAUGUAGCAUGCUUUAUGAAAUUUAUGCAGGAGGUCCAGACGGAGGAAAGGUUUCUGCUGCUGUUGCAGCUGGUGUUUACUGCUUUGAUUCUGUUGUUGCAUCUGUUUCAGGUAGUUGGCUAUGAAUUUGAUAAUAAGUCAAUAAUAGUCUUCGAUCAUGGUAAAGCAUUCCAUCUACAUGUAGGAUUUGCAGAUGUGGAAUGCACAUUCAAUGUUAGAUGCCCUGAAGCGUUUGGUGGUUGGCAACAGAUUCAAAAUUCUGUUACCUAGGAUGCAAUAGCAUAAUGAAGUGAAGAACGAAGCAAUCUUUUUUCCUAUCCUCUCAAAGCUGAUGGAUUCCAUCUGUUCAAGCAAGAAAAAAAGUUAGAUCUUCGGCGAAAAGAGAGAGAAAGCAAAAGGACAGUAUAUGAAAACCAGUGAUUCCAAAAUAAAAUAAAUAAAAUUUGUCAAAGUAAGGUAUUUGAUAUUGUAGUUGAAGAAUAAAUUUUAUAUUUUAGUUGCAGAAUUAAUUUUAUAUUUUAUAUUUGACAAUUUCCAACGGGAUUUUGAUUAACAUUAGCCUCUUUGGAUAUCGCAAUGCGACAUGUAUGUCUUCUACCCUGCCUGAAAAUUGAUCGUGCUAAGAACUGAUCAAGCUUGUCAGAUGUGUUACGGAGGGGCGUAAUGGAACUUAAUAUUGGUAAUAUCGGUCUGAUACCAAGGCUGUCACUAGGAAAGUGGUGAUACGUUCAGAUUUUUUGUUUCCUUCUUUCCCUGUAAUUUUUCUUGUGCAGAAGAAA